AUGGCCGCGAAAUCCGACGGUGCGCCCUGCUCCGUGCGCGGCGACCCCCCCGCCGUCUCCCCCGGCCCGGGGCCGCGGUCCCCGCAGCGCGGUGGCCCCGGCCCUGGCCCCGGCCCCGGGCCCGGGCCGCAGCGCUACCGCCUGCGGGACUGCUGCUGGACGCUGGCCGCCCUGCUCGUCUUCUUCUCGGACGGGGCCUCGGACCUGUGGCUGGCGGCGGACUACUACCUGCGGCGGCAGUACUGGAGCUUCGCGCUCACGCUGGUCUUCGUGGUGGUCCCGUCCGUGGUGGUGCAGGUGCUGAGCUUCCGAUGGUUCGCCUACGACUUCUCUGACGGCGUGGAGAGCGGCGGGGCCGCGGCGGUGGUGGCCGGAGCGGAGCAGAGCGACUUCAGCACCAAGGACAGCGGCGCGGAGCCGCGGGGGGAGCGGGCAGAGCGGGGCUCUGAGCGGGGCGCUGGCCGCGCAGAGCCGGCCCCGCUGCCCGGCCCCGGCCCCUGCUGCAGGGUCCUCGUCUGGGUCUUCCAGGCCGUCGUACACGUUUUCCAGCUGGCUCAGGUCUGGAGGUACGUCCACGCCUUGUAUCUGGGAGUGCAGAGCCGCUGGCACGGAGACCCGGAACGCCGGCACUAUUACUGGCGCAUGAUGUUUGAGAGUGCAGAUAUCAGCAUGCUCCGUCUGCUCGAGUCCUUCCUGAAAAGCGCUCCACAGCUGGUGCUGCAGCUCAGCAUCAUGAUCCACAACAAUCAGGUGCUGCCCCUUCAGGGCCUCUCAGCUUCUGCCUCACUGAUUUCCCUUGCCUGGAUGAUCUCCUCUUAUCAAAAAGUCCUGCGAGACUCACGGGACGAUAAGCUACCCAUGACCUACAAAGCCGUCGUAGUUCAGAUUCUGUGGCACUUGUUCACCAUCGGAGCUCGUACGCUGGCCUUCGCCCUUUUUGCCUCCGUUUUCCAGCUUUACUUUGGCAUCUUCAUCGUAGCUCACUGGUGCAUCAUGACAUUCUGGAUAAUUCAAGGGGAAACAGACUUCUGCAUGUCCAAGUGGGAGGAGAUCAUCUACAACAUGAUGGUGGGCAUCGUGUAUGUCUUCUGCUGGUUCAGCGUCAGAGAGGGGCGCACCCACUGCAGGAUGCUCAUCUACAGCUUGACUGUGUUCGUUGAGAACCUGGCGCUCACCGCUGUCUGGUACCUGUACCGUGACAGUCCUGAUCGCCAUGGUAACUCAGACUUCUAUGCCGUCAUCAUGGUGUGUGUGGUGGCCAGCAGCUACGCCUUGGGCACCUUCUUUAUGUUUGUGUAUUACUGUCUGCUUCACCCCGACGGUUCCGUCUCCGGGUGGGGCUACGUAGUGGAGAAGGAAGUGCCUGUGGAGUCACUGGCCUCCCCCGCCUCCAGCAUCCCCCCCGACCUGGUGAGCAGCCCCCCCAGGACCCUGCAGAGGACUAAAGGCUCAGAGAGGGAGCAUGGGCACGGGUUAGAUGGAGAUGUUUUUCAGGUACGACCUCUUCGGGGAGCUAAGCCCCCAGUGCCUCACCUCACACCCAGGACAGAGGGGCCGGUGAUCCGUAUAGACUUGCCCAGGAAGAAAUACCCGGCCUGGGAUGCUCACUUCAUUGACCGCCGGCUGCGUAAAACCAUCCUGGUGCUGGAGAGUGCCGCCCCGGCCACGCCACGGAUUCAAUACCGCUGCCUGGGCACACCCAAAGAAGUGACGGAGUACGAAACCACCGUGUAAUUCAAUGAAGCUUCUGGGAUGGGGCUCGCUGCCGUCAGGACAUCCUGCCUUAACUGAAGAUGGCAGGAAAACUGCUCUCCCUGAGCAGUCUGCGUGAGCUCCACACCUACUUGAUCGGUCUCUGUGCUCUCAAGCGCUGCACGCAAACAGGCAGAGAAAGAGAAAGGGAUGGAGGGUCGAGUCUUUACGUUCUACGAAGAAAACAUUGUGUGAUAUUGUGCAACAAUGCCGCGUAUUUUGGUUUCAGUGUCAAUUCUCAGGUAGUGAUGUGGGAUUGGAAAAAACCUCCGAUCUCACCGUCUGGUUAAGUUAAUAAGCAGCACAGCCAAGCAGAGAAGUGGCGCUGUAAUCAGAAGGAGGCAGAAAGUCCUCCUCAGUGAGGGUGUGGGAGCGCAUCCGUUCCACAUAGUUGUCAACAGAGAUAAGCCUUUUGAACAUUCAUGUUUAUUUAUGGCAGCUAGGACAUCACCGAGUGAGCAGGUAAGAAGUCAAAAGUGUUGACCUCACACUAAUUCUCAAACACCAUCCUCAGAAUUCUCUACAGGUAAUUACAGUAUCUUCACAGUUGUGUUGUUCUUUAGCUUUAUAGACAGGUUGAAGGAGUCUGAAUAUGCUGCCUCAAUUCUGGGGGGGGGGGGGGGCAGCUCAAAAGCCACAUUUGAGUUGAAUGUAGAAACUGUUGUCAAUGUUAACGUAGUGACGAGGCUUCUCAAGAAUUGCUGUUACUGGGAUUGACAUCAUUCCUGUGGUACUUUUUUCGAGGUAAGAUAAAAUAACCAGAAAUCUGCAUAUGUUUACAGCUAUCUGUUAUUUUUGGGACACCUUCUUUCAGAAUGUGUAUGCACUAAACCAUGGCUACAUUGUGAUUUACAUCAAAGGAUGUAUUAUGCUGGUAGGACUCAAUAUUUUUCAUACUUUCUCAGUCUUACGCAGCAAAAGCAAGAGGACAUAUAUCAUUUUCCAUGUAAAUUACUGUACAAUGAAGAGGGAGUGGCGGAAGGACAGCACUGUCUGUAAUUGUACUGUAGUCAUAUUUUGUGAUCUGAAAAAUGUAGAAGAAAAUAGCUGCAGACUCCAGAUUCCUAGCAAAAAAAAAAGCUUUGAUAUUUUUCAUUUUUCUGCUGUGAGGUACUUUGGUACUUUGUGUUCCAGGUCUGUCGUUUCAUGACUUAUUUAUAAAAAACUUUCACCACAAAAAUGUAUACAUUUGGAAAACAUUGGGAGGACGAUGAUGAAAAAGUACAAUUCUUUUAGUUCAUUUUGUGUUGUGUCCAGCAGCAACGUUUUUGCUGCUCUCUGUAAAUCUGAUCCAAUAAUUAUUGGAAACCGAUUAACUGUAGACCAAGAAUUGUGGUUACACCACUGUAAAUAUGAUCAGGACCCAUCAUUGUAUAGUUUACCUCAAUGUUUUCAUUUUAAUUGGAUAUAUAUUAUAUAAUUAGUGACAAGUACCUUUCUGGAUUUUGGAGACCUGUAAACGAAAUAUUCGCCAUACUUUGUUUGAUCAAAGUUGUUUUCUAUAGAGUAGUCACAAGAGGGGCAUUAAUGAAGUGCGUGUGCUUGUUUCUGUGUAUGUGAGCUCACGUAGCAGCAUAUGUUUGUGUUGGGGGGGGGUUCUGCAACGUGUGUUUGAAUGCAUUUAAAACUGUGCAACUGUGCUCUAGAGUUUUGUUUGGGGGGCGGGGGGUGUUCCUCCAUAUACUAAAGCAGAUACAGUGCCCACAGUUUGCAUCUGGCGUCCCUGCUGCAGACCUCCUAAAAAAAGAAGCUGAAGGCCUGUGGUCUUGGUGCUAACCGUAUGUUUGAGUCCAUCACGCAACAGCUAUGAAGCGUACCAUAAAAGAGCUUGCUGCGGCAGACGUUGACUGGGGCUGUACCUCAAACACAAAGCUGGAAUCAAAAAGCCUUAAGAUGGUCAUGCCAGACUGUUGCUGUUCAGAGGAGGACAAAGAUCAACAAGAAGGUCAAAUACGUUUGGUUAUGUUAUUGUUGCUAAAA